AUGUUUCCUUUCCUUGCCAUUGCGGCGACCGCUCUCCUCCUUUCUCCAACCCGGUUGGCGCUAGGAGCUCCCUCGGCAUCCGACCUCCAGGCAGACCUGACAUUCCUGUUCCAAAAUGACUUGGACUGGCCCACGACCUCUCUCCAUACUGGCGCGAUUCUACUCAACCGAGAGUUAACCCACCGAUCAGCCGUCGAAGCCUGUUCCAAGCUCAACGAGACUUUACUCGUUCCAGCCGGACCAUACUUCCAAUCUGACAUCAAGCUCUUGCUUGGAUAUCAUCUCUCUAAGCAAUCUCGCUCGGUCCAUCGCCAGAGAUUCUGGGUCGGGCCAGGAACUGGAUCAUUAAACGGUUGUGUGACGGUCGCCUCCGACGGGAAAAUGGCGAAGACGUCUUGUCAGGGAAAGUUCCAAGUUCUUUGCUCUCAGAGUGCCCCAUAUCGACGCAACAGCGAGACCGAUCUCAGUCCCGCUUAUCACGUCCAAGUCGAAUCGAAGGGCCUCACGUUUACAGGAACACGAGACAAGCUCUCUUUCCGCUUCCUCGGGAUUCCCUACGCUGAUCCGUUCGAGCGAUUUGCGUAUUCAACGCCCUACGGAACCAGUAAUAAAGCCGCCCCGAAAACCAUUUCCGCUUUGAACUAUGGCUCACCAUGUUUACAACAUUCGGGUAGAACUGGGAACGAGGACUGUCUAUUCCUCAAUAUCUACACCCCAUUCCUUCCGCGAAACGGUACUCACUCCAAGAGAGACCUGCGGCCCGUCAUGUUCUUCAUCCAUGGUGGAGGUUUCGAGGGCGGUGACGCCAGCGGCAGUGGUUACGAUGGGGGCAACACCGUGAGUCGUGGAGACGUCGUAUUUGUGACCGCUCACUACCGACUUGGAACUUUGGGCUUCCUGGCCUUGAAUGAUGGAAUCACCAACGGAAACUUUGGAAUUGCGGACCAAGUCACUGCCCUCCAAUGGGUUCGCACCCACAUCGCUGCCUUUGGAGGCGACCCUGAUCGAGUCACAAUACUUGGAAAUUCCGCAGGCGCCGGCUCAGUCCGAGCGCUGCUCGCGUCACCCCCUGCCUCUGGGCUCUUCCACGCUGCAGUAGCCCAGAGCAACUUGGGAGGUUUCGGAUAUGCAGGAGCAUUUUCGAAGUAUUACACGGUCGAGGAAGAGUGGGAGAUGUUUGGGAAAGGCGCAGUGGAAGCGGUUGGAUGCGACAAGAGCGACAUGGGGAUGUUGGAAUGCCUGAGAAAGGCAGAUGCGAGUGCGUUACUGAAUGUGCCCAACGUGCCCCGCUACAUAGUUGUCGAUGGCAAGUAUAUCGUCACGGAUGAACUCAAACUCGAUGGCUCGGGACCUACAGCGGAUGCUCACAUCAUGUUCGGCUGGACGAGGGACGAUGGUCUAAAUUUUAUUGGUCCUUGGCCGACCGAAGACACGACUGCUGUGGAGAUUUUAACCAGGUCCGGCCUAGACCAGGAAAUCGCACAGCGCGCCCUCGACUCAGGUUUAUUCCCUCUCCCGACUGGGACAAACUCGAGUUGGAAUCUAGUCAACCAAACCUCGCGUAUUAGCACAGAUGGCCAGUUCCUAUGUAUUGACCAAGCCACUCUAAUCGCUGCCGCGAAGAAUAGAGUUUUCCGUUCUGUCUAUGGCUACCAAUUCGAUCGAACAUAUCGUGGAUGGGAGCCGCUACCUGGAACAUGUUCCCCUCCUCCAACGGAGGGAUACCCCAACGGCAACCCCAACCUUCCGUGUCACGACGGAGAGCUUCUCUACACGCUCGGAAACUUGGGCCAGGACUCGCAUCCGUUCAGAGACGGGGAUGACCUUGUCAUGACUCAACUCAGCGUGGAUCUCUGGACGUCCUUCGCGCGGACAUUUGAUCCUAAUCCCUCAGAAGAGUAUCUUAGGGCAAGAGGCUACACGAACACCACCGAGGUCCUCAGGAAAAGAGGGAGGUGGGAAAGGGUUACACCUUCGAAUCGGCGGCCACUCAAAUUGAUCGACAUGACCUUCAGGCAGUCACCUUGGCUGGAGAGAGAGCAAUGUGAAGUUUUAGGAUAUCCGCUGUCGUAUUUCGAUUAG